CUCAUAAACUUAAACUUCUCAAUUAUUUAGAAGUGCAUUCACAUAAAAACGAAACCACACACUUGCUUACUUCUCCAAUCCAUUUCUCUAGCUCUUGUUCUUCUUUGAUCCAUUAUGGGAAAGGAGGCAUUUGGAUUGGCCGCGAAAAACAAUUCUGGAGUUCUCUCGCCUUUCCAUUUCUCUAGAAGGGAGACAGGAGAGAAGGAUGUUAGGUUCAAAGUUUUGUUCUGUGGAAUCUGUCACUCUGAUUUGCAUAUGAUCAAGAAUGAGUGGGGAAUAUCUACUUACCCUCUCGUCCCCGGGCAUGAGAUUGUUGGUGUGGUGACUGAAGUGGGAAGCAAAGUGACUAGAUUCAAAACUGGAGACAAAGUCGGAGUAGGUUGCUUGGUUGGCUCGUGCGGAUCAUGUGAUAGCUGCACCGAAGGUCUCGAGAACUACUGUCCAAAAUCGAUCCAAACGUACGGAUUCAAGUAUUACGACGACACAAUAACCUACGGUGGUUACUCCGACAACAUGGUUUGCGACGAAGGUUUCAUCAUCCGUAUGCCCGACAAUCUCCCAUUGGACGCUGCUGCUCCGCUACUAUGCGCGGGGAUCACGGUCUACUCCCCGCUGAAAUAUCACGGGCUCGACAAGCCUGGCAUGCACAUUGGUGUGGUUGGACUAGGCGGUUUGGGUCAUGUGGCGGUGAAAUUUGCUAAGGCUAUGAGUCUUAAGGUUACGGUUAUUAGUACUUCGGAUAGUAAGAGAGAUGAAGCGAUUAAUAGGCUUGGUGCGGACGCGUUCGUGGUGAGCCGUGACCAAAAACAGAUUAAGGAUGCAAUGAGGACAUUGGAUGGUAUUAUUAAUACCGUAUCUGCGACUCAUUCCCUUCUUCCUUUGCUCGGUUUGCUAAAGCCUAAGGGAAAACUUGUUAUGGUUGGUGCACCAGAAAAGCCACUCGAGCUCCCGGUCAUGCCUCUCAUCUUCGAGAGGAAGAUGGUAAUGGGAAGUAUGAUAGGAGGGAUAAAGGAGACUCAAGAGAUGGUGGAUAUGGCAGGAAAACACAACAUCACUGCUGAUAUUGAGCUUAUCUCUGCGGACUAUGUCAACACUGCCAUGGAACGGCUCGAGAAGGCCGACGUUAGAUACCGUUUUGUGAUUGAUGUUGCCAACACAUUGAAGCCUACUCCUUAAUUAUAAAUCUUAAGAAUUGAAGUUCCAUAAUGAUAUUGUUCUUGUUUGGUUUGUUGUAAUAAGUUUUAUGCUGUUUAUUGAGGAGGUUGGGGCGAUGUAGUAUACCUUAAUCAAAUUAAUAAACAUUAUAUGUUAUGAACCAUAUCGUGGAUGGCUCAUAACCAAGAGAUUAUGA